AUGUAAGGAAUUUCAAUCUUUGAUGAUGAUAAGUCAGCCAUCGAUAAGAUGUAAAAUUCCUUCAAGAAUCUCCUUUUUGAGAUUAUUUAUUACUUGAUAUCUGGAGAGAACUUUCCAUUAUUUCUGUACAUCUUCUUUGUGCUGAUUGAAAGCUUUUAAGUGUUUUACUUUGCAUUCAGUGAUGAAUUCCUUUCUUUGUGGAAGGUCAAAUCCUGGUCUGAAUCAUUUUAACAAUUUUUUGGAUACUUUAUGAUAUCUCCCUAUUUGAAAAAUGUCGAAUUUCAAAGUUUUAUCCUGGUGCUAUAUAUAGUAAUGGGGUUAUUUUUUAUACUAAUAGUGCUGAUAAUCUUUAUAGCAAUAAAAGCAUAAACCUCUUCUGUCGGUAAAUUGACAGGUCCUUUGGUUGUUCUAAAAAUAUUUUUUGAAAUUCUAAACUACAUCUUCUUUAUGCCAGUACUACAUUUAUUUUUAACUGUGUUUUAUUGUGAUUCGGCCACAGGAUAUCACAAUUAUUACAGCGAUUUACAGUGCUACACCGGUAAUUAUUUAUUGCAUGCCUUUUUAUCGGCUAUUGCUGCCUUAAUUCUAAUAUGCGUAAGUGGAUUGGUGACGAUGACCUUCUACGAGUCAAGAUUUCAACCUAAUAACCCUCUUUGUAAGACUUCUGGCAGAGACGAUAUGAAAUUUUUGAUUUUCAAAAUAAUCUUGGUAUUGUGCUUUACAUUAUUGAACGUAAGUGAAUUAAGAAUUUUGGUUGUCAUAAUCAUCACACUUUUUGCAGUCAUUCAAUUCUUCUCAUUCAAUAAAUCAAGUGUAUAUUUGAACUAUUAUUACUCCAAAGUGCUAAAUUCUCAACAUGCCAUCAUCAUGUGGACAAUUUGUAUGAUCAUAUUUGGCAUCAUUGUAGAAGACACCUAUUAUGAAGGAGCACCAUAUUUGUGGGUAUUCGGAAGCCCACUACUCUUAUUGAUUGUGAUGCUGAGAAAAGAAUAUCGAUAUGAUAUCAUGAUGAUAGACUCCAAUAAAUUUGACUCCCUAAAUCAAGCCAUCCAACAGUUGCAAUACUUAACCAAAUUCUUGAACUAUUAUCAUACCGACAGGAACAUAGCCACUCUCCUGGAUGGGUUCGUUGAAUAUCACAGAACCAUCUGCAAAAGGGAAGACUGUCCUUGUUAAGCUAAAAAUAUGGGGAAUAAGAAAAUCGCUAAAUUCUAGAAAAAUUUCAAACUCUAAAAUUAGGAUGAGGAAAUCAAAGAACAAUAUGUCGUUUUAGUCUAUAUUUUAGAAAGAAUCUUCACACUUUCAUUGACAAGAUUUCCAAAUUGCACUGAAUUGAGAAUAGCACAUUCGUUGUUCUUAAUGGAAAAAAUGUAAUCAAAUUAAUAAGCAUUAUAAGAGUUGGUGGCAGCAGAACAAGAGAAACCCUAUAUGGAUGAAUUAAAGAAACUGAUUGAAGAAUAGAUGUUUGAGAAUUCAAAGUCAUCCAAGAAUCCAGCAGCUGGCAUUGAUGCUGUUAAUGAACUAACCACUGAGAACAAUCUCAGAGAGAUCAGGGCUUAGAUUGAGAAAUCAGCAUCUCAACAUAUAGAGUUUUGGUCUCAAUUAAGUGAAGACACACCAGACUUAGGAAAACUAUACGAUGUGGGAACUCGAAUGAUGUUUGUGGACAAGAUGUUAGAAGAUUCAUGGAAACGAAUCAUUAAGAUGAACAUGGAUGUCCCACCGAAUCUGAUGAUGAUUUAUUCCAGAUAUCUGGUUGAUAUUUUGUAUGAUAAAGAAUCUGCUGAAGAGGUUUUGGAAAGAUUGAAGAACUUUUAUUCUGUUAAUAUGGACAGAGGCAAAAUUACAAACAAUAUCAAUGAUUUUCCUAAUGAAUCCACUGCAUUGAUCAGUAUUUCAGCUGAAGAUAUCACUUUUGGUAGAAUUAUAGGACUCAAUAUGUCUGCAUCCAAGAUGUUUGGUUAUUCCAAGAGUGAAUUAAUCAAUAGGAAGGUAAACAUUUUGAUGCCUAAUGUCUUUGCUCAAUCACAUGAUCAAUUCAUGGAAACCUAUUUGUAAACAUACGAAAGUAGAAUCAUGAACAGAGAGAGAAUGAUCAUUGGUAAAUCCAAGAAUGGAUACAUCUUUCCCUUCUUUAUCUAUGUAAGAUAUGUGCCCUCAUUUAUUCAUGGAGCCUAGUUUUUCGGAGCCAUGAGACAAGAAAAAGUGUUUAAAAAUGUAGCCUUCAUGAUUGUAAAUGGGUAAACUUAAGAAAUUGAAAAUAUUUCAGCCACCUUUAUUACCAUGUUCCACAUUGAUUUGAAUUAUAUCACCAAAAAGAAGACUAAAGUGAGUGAUCUUAUACCAAAUUUUCAAGAGAAUAUUACUGAAUAUCUGAACAAAACAGGAGCUGAAGCAGAAAUUAAUUUUAAAAAUAGAGACUAGUCAGUUUAAGGUAAAUUUAAUAUCACUGCUGGUGAAAUCAUGUUUAGGGAUUCUAAAUUAUAAGGUUACAUUGUAAAAAUUGAAAAUAAUAAACAAGAGAAAUCUUUUCUUAAUCCAAAUGAAUAAUCUCAGAUAAAAAAACAAUAAUAAGUCAAGUUCUAUUUUUAAUUUGAUCAAACAUAACAUAUUUUUACUGGAGAGUACACUUAAGAUUAAAAUUUCUAGAUGUCUGCCAUCUCAAGUGUUAAAUAGGAUGAAACAUUUGAUUAUUCAUAAAGAGAACCAGUUAAAGAAGAUGAGAAGACACCAACAUCAAAUAUAGGAGAUAAAGAAGAAAAAUUAGACCUUGCCUUAGGAAUCAGGACUAUGAAAUAUAUCAAUGGGUAAUUAUAUGACAUCGAAGAGUUUAAAAACUAGGAUUCUGAUGAGGACCAAGAAGAAAAUGAUUCAAAGAAGGGAGGAACCACUGGAAUGCAACAAGUUUAAAAGGAGGAUGAAGAGGAGGAAGCUGAAGGUGGACAUGCUAAUAUUUAUAAGUCCAGGAGAACUUUUGUUUAAUUCCUUUCAGAGAGUCGUAAUGUUAAUUAGAGUAGUAUGAUAUGUUUUAAGUGGAGUGCUGCCGUUUUGAUUAUAUGUUUAGGAAUAUUGGGUUUAUUGGAUUAUGUGUUGACUCAAUAAUUAUUUUAAGACAUUUAAGAUGGAUACAUAAUGAUGUAAGAUUCAAAUAUCAGAGUAGCUUUAGGUUAAAGGAUUUAAUGGUAAAUUAUGGAAUUAUGCAGAUUAAAUAAAAUAAAUGUAGCUGGUACUGAUGAUAAAGUAAAAGUAUAACUUGCUAAUAUGAAUACAACAAUUAGCGAUUUAAAAGAUAUUCAAUCAAAAAUUCAAUCAUCCACAAAUGUUGGUGGAAGACAGGAUGAGUUAAUGACUACUAAUUCCAUCAAAAUGGUUAGUAGAGAUGAUAGCGGAAGUGAUAGCAAUCAACUAGUUGAUAUAAAUCAAGGAACUUCUCAAAUAAUAUCUAAAGCUUUUGAAAUUAUGAAUUAUGAUAUCACAGAAUUUGAUCCUGAAACCGAUUCCAUCUAUUUCAUCAGAUACAAUUUGUUAAACGAUUAUUAUUAAGCUACCUUAGAGAGUGUGGAUCUAUAUACUAAUUAAUUAGUUAAUUUGGCUUAUGAUUCGAAUGUUUUGUUGAUUUUAUUGAUCGUAGCUUGUGUUUUUACAGUCAUUUCAAUUCCAUGGAUUGCUUGUGCCUUUAGCUUGGUUUCACAAAAUUAGGAGGAAGUUAUAAAAUUAUUUUUAGAGAUUCCUUUGGCCAAAGUUAAAUAAUUAUUCGCUAAGUGCGAAGCUUUCUCGAACACUCUCCAAAUAGGUGAGGAUGAAGAGGCAAAUCAAGAAAAUGAUUUGUCAUUUGAAGAAAAUGAUGAAGGAGAAGGAGUCGUAGAAGAGUUUGGAAGAAGAAAGAAAAGGAAGAAGUAUAAGUAUGAUUCCAAAGACAAGAGGAAUUUCUAUAUUAAAUUCAUUAUAUCCAUUGGAUUACUCAUUGCCUACUUUAUAGCCCACUAUUUAAUAGGAGCAAAUCUGCAGAGUUCUAUGUAGUAACUAAUUUAAGAAAUGAAUGCUACCUCAAUGGCUGUUCCUUCUAUUACGUUUGCGAAUAACGUUUUUCGAUAAAUGUUAUGGGAUGCCAACUUCCCUGUUAAAAACAACGUAUCUAAAACUUUAUCGGCUGAUUUUGUCAAAGAUCUCUAUAAUUUGAACACGAACAUGCAAAAAGAUCAUUCCUUAAACUUAGGAUAUCACAAUGCUGUUUAUAAUGAUUAUUUUGAUACAAUAAUGAAGGCUGGAGCAUGCAACGAGGUCAUCAAAGUUGCAGGAGUAGAUUUGGCUACUUGUUAAGCUUUUGUUAAAGGAAUUGUGGAUGAAUCUUUGGCCUUGGCUUUAUCAAGACACUUCGAAAAUCUUAGGUAUUUGCUUACUGUAUAUGACUCUCUUUUGAAUGAUUCGACAGCCACAGCAAUAGCAGGCACACUUUACAAUUUUACUACCAAUAGUUAGCAGAAUAAGAUACUCUCACUCAUGUACACAGAUAUAGCUGCAGUAGAGAUAAAUCAAAUGCAAGACAUAUAUAUUAGAUCAAUAUUUUAGUAAUUGCUUGUAACUUUUAAUGAGAGCAUGCAGAAAGACUUAGAAACGAACACGACCACAACUGUGACCAUAUUUAUUGUGUUCUUGGUAGUGCUCAUUUUGGUUUAUCUGUUGUUUUGGUGGCCAAUAGCGAACAAGAUUAAUAACGAAAUAAGAAGAACGACGCUCCUUUUAUCGAUGAUACCCAUAAAUUUAAUUUAGAGAAUCAAGACUAUUAGAGAAUAUUUGAAUAGAAUUCAUAAGGUUGAUUCUUGA